GCCGGUCGCCCUUCAUACCGCCGACCGGUAGUGACGAAGUUGUCGACAAAGGGAGCAAAUUGGUAGAGGGAGUCGGGAUCGAUUGGCGCAGAGUCUUUUGAUCAAGAAGGCGGAAUCUCGUGACAAAUGGAGCCGGAGAGUCAUGGCACACCAUCUAGGUCUUCGAGGAGGAGGCUGUCGAAAGCUUCCGCGAGUGAGAAUGCAAAACUGAAUGCAUUGGCGGAACUUAAAGCGCUCCGAGCCGGGGGAGGAAGGGCAGGGGGUGCAGGCGAGGGUGAGGGUGGCGAGGGAGGAGGGUCGGCAGCGGCUCGCCGCCGCCUGGAUACUUUCAAUGUUGAGCUGGAGGAGAAGGUGUAUGACGUCGUCGAUGAUCAGGAGUAUGCGGAACUGGUGUCCAAGAGAAGGCAGGACGUCGGCGAUUUCAUAGUGGGCGAUGAUAAGUUGGGGUAUGUGGAUAUAGGGGAGGAGGACGAAUGGGAGAAUGGGGAGGGUAGACGGGGGGAGUACAGCUCAGAGGAGGAGUUGAGAGAGGGCUCAAGAAAGAGGAUGAGAGGAAGGGAUCGAGGAGGGCGCGGAGAAAGAAAGCCUGGGAAGUCGAGAAAGAGAGCGGGAGGGGAGAAGGAGAGGGGUGGUUCGGAAGCUGUUGAUGCUGCCAAAACGACGGCUGCAGCGGCUGCCAGGGGCAGAAUGAGUUCUAUGUUCGCUGCUGCCGCUGCAGCGGGAGCGACAGGGCGCGCGGGGAGGUCGGUUGGGGGGGGGGGGGGGGGGGGGGGGGGGGGGGGGGGCGUAGUGGGAGGAAGUCAAUCCACUGAGAGCAUUCUUGAUGAUGUGCUCGCUGAAAUCGGAGCAGACGACACGGACAGAGAGAGACUGCGACGUGGAAGAGGUGGAGGAUCUCUGGGAGCAGUGGGAGUGGUGAAUCCCUCGGUAUUUUCUUCAGGGGGGAGAUUAUCGGUAGGAGGAGGAUUGCCGGAGGUUGUGGGGAGAAGGGAAGGGUUAUACUGGCAGACGGAUCUCAACCCGUCUGUGAUGGAUGAUCCAGAUCGGGAGAGAGAUAUAGGGGGUAUGGGAGUGGGGGGGCCCGGUAAAACGGGAGGCGAUCUGCUGCAUGGAGAGAUAGGCAAGGCGAAGUCAGCAAAAAAGGAAGAUGAAGUAGAGGAGAAGAGAGAGGAGGGGAAGGAGGAGGAGGGAGAUCGACGUGGGAAAGGAGGGAAAGUCAGAAAAGAAGACGUGAAGGAGGAGGGUUGCGGUCCAGAGGCGGUUGAGAGAGAAGAGAAGAGGAAUGCGACCACGACGUCGGCUGCGGCGGGUGUUGAUGCGCCCGAUCCAACCGUGAAAGGAACAGGAGAGACCGACGGGAGAAUGAGAGAGAGAGAACAUUCUCAAGAGAAUGGGAGAGAAAGAUUGAAUCACAGCAAGGAGUCGGAGCUUGACGAUGACGCAUUUGUUAGGGUUAAUGUGGAAUGCCCGGGAAUGCAGAAGGCGGGCGGAUUGACAGAGACAGUAGAGCCAAAAAAGCUGGGCGCUACUGAGAAAGCUCCAAUUCUGGCUGUUCGCGAGAAUGCGGUGAAGGGUUGGCAAGCUGUCUGUGAUUCUAGGGUAGAGGCAGCGCCCAAAGGAGGAGAGGGGAGUGCGGCGACGGUGAAAAGUGAAUCCGGAGCGAGAGAAGCUGCAGUAAAAGUGGGGGAUCGAAGUGUUGGGAGAGGAGAGGACCAAGGUCUUUGUUUAGACGCCGACGGGACAUUGCCAUUCUUCCUCACGGAUGCAUUCGAAGAGCCCUUCGCGGGUAAUCCGGGUACAGUCUAUCUGUUCGGCAAGGUCCCUUCAAAUGGCCAGUUUGUGAGCUGUUGUGUGGUCGUCAACAAUAUUCCCAGGAGCAUCUAUGCGGUUCCUGCUCCUGACGUGUUCAAUGACAGUCAACUCACGGCACUGGAGGAGAGCUGCAAGACGGACCCUCAAAAAAAGAUAGAACUCGUUAAGCGUCUGCAUGAGCUUGCAUCAGGGUUGAAGGAUGAGCUUCGGGACGAGCUCCUUAUCAAGAGAGAUGUUUCCAGUCUGAGCAUGACUCCUGUGCUAAGAACAUAUGCGUUUGAGCGAAGAGACAUUCCAUCUGGGGAGAACUAUCACUUGAAGAUCUCUUACCCAUUCAAGCUUGACGCUGUUGAAAAUCAGUUGUUGUAUGACCAUAAUGGUCCACCGCCUGAAGAUGCCGAGGCUCGCCGAAAGGAAGCCCAGGAUCUGCUGCAGCGGCAUGAAGCCAACAGCAUCGACAGACUCAAGUACUGGCAUUUUCAACCGAACGGCGACGACGCAACACCGGAAGAAAAGCACAAGGAGUUCCUCUCCAAACUCGUGACGCGGUUGUUGUAUGCUUGCAACUACCAAAGGUCAGAGUUGGAGAGACAGCACCGGGACCUGACGCAACAGCAUCAGGAAUUGGGGACGCUCCGCCGCACAGUGCAGAGCCACGUGGAUGCAACUCGGGCACUCAAUGCCCGAUUGUUGGACCUGGAACAGGCUGUACCAGGACCAGCUGCUGGAGCUUCCAGCUGCUGGAGCUUCCAGCUGUUGGAGCUUCGAGCUGCUGGAGCUUCCAGCAGUGCACCCUCAAGCCGCCAACUGGAGGACCGCGUUGACCACGUAGUGGCAAUGCUGGACGACAUCAGCACCUUCGCUGCGUCGACCACCACCAUCAGCAGUCAGCUGCAUACAUUGAAGACCGAGGUCCAGAAGCUGCAGUCGACGAACGCGGACGUCAAUCCGAAGAAGUACAAGAUGCCAACUUUCAACCUGGAGAGGUUCGACGACUACACGCAGCAGGAUCCCGUCCUCUGGUGGGAAGCAUUCACAACGCAACUCAGGAUUCUGCCAGUAGCCAAGCAYGCGUACAUCGGCGCCCUGUUCCUGAACUCAAAGGGCGGAUGCCAGACCUGGUUGAGCCACCUGGCAACCUCCCACGGCGUCGACGUUCCAGACUUGAAGGACGUAAUCACAUGGGAGGAACUAACACGGCUGUGGAAGAAGCGGUUCAUCGUCGACGACGCGCCGACACUCGCCAUCAACCGUUUGUUCACCAUGUCACAGGGCAACACAGCAACACGGGACUGGCUCACGGAGUGGCAGAAGAUUGCGGCUGUGCCCAAUCUGAACCUACCAUUCGAGCAUCUACGCCGUGAGYUCUACAACAGGUCCUGUGCGGCAUUGAGCYAGGMUCUUGGUGAUCGCGAGCAGUACUCAACCUUCGCGGAGAUCAUUGACAAAGCGAGRGAGAUCAUCAAGACCAACAGGUCAGCUGCACACGAGAAAUCAACAUGGCAGCCGACCUAUGUGGAGAAGGCACGAACUGGUUCGCGACAACAGCACUUCGCUGCAGUCCAACAGGACAGUGGAGAUAACCUAGCAGCCACUCCAGUAUCAAGUGACGGAGAUCAGGUGGCCGCUGUCCAGCCGCGAAGCACCAACAAGUCCCGUAACAAAAGGAAGGCGAAACCCGCAUCGCAGGCCGGAAAUGGACAGCCAGGACAGUUUCCAUGGGUCAAGUUUGGUUUGACCGAGGCGGAGUACAAGAUCCGCGACGGCUACGGCAACUGCUAUUGGUGCAACAACACCAAGCACAAGACCUCCCUGUGCCAAGAUCAGGGCAAGGAGGAUUAUGCUGUCCACUUGGUUCCACCGCUGGACCAACCACGCCAAGUGCAACAGUCCACCGCAUGCACGGUUUCAUCACCAUCGGCAACCGAUUUGGCAGCUUCGCCGCAACCUAUCGCCGACGAUUUGACGUCAUGGUCAAGACUUGAAGAGCUCGACCCAUCGACGUUCACGGACUUCCAGUGGAUGCCCGUUCCCUCGACCGGACGAUUGCCGAAACCGCAUUGCAACGCGCUUAUGACACAAUUGCGGGACUACUUGCACACUGCAGUACCAGCUCCGUUGAUGGAUGCCGGAGCAGAGGUUGUCGACCUUCACGCUUUCAUCGCGAAGAUCGACCGCGAGUUCAAGACGCAACGGUACGAUGACAUCGACGCACCAUUGCUAUACAUACGCAUUCAGAUCGGAGAGGCGACCUGCAGUGCCUUGAUCGAUUGCGGAACAUCUCGCAACUACAUCAGCCAGGACUUCAUGGUACGCGUCGGCCUUGGCCCACGUGUCCGGAGGAAGUCCCAGCCUACGCAAGUCACCCUGGCAGACGGUCAUGCGCACAAGUCCAUCGACCGGUGCAUUGACGCCGUCCCAGUGUACUUUGCCCCUCACGCAAGUGAGGCGGUGUCCUUUGAUAUUCUGGAUACCAAAUUCGACAUGAUCUUGGGCAUGUCAUGGCUGCGAAGCAAGGAUCACCCGGUGAACUUCUUCAAUCGCACCGUUCACGUUCGUGACCGGAACGGAGUAUUAGUUCCAUGCACGGUGCCUCUUCCUCAUCCUUCGAUCAACUGCCACGUGGUAUCUGCCGCAAGCAUGCGAGCUUCCAUCAUUAGAGAGGACAUCGAGGAGAUGGGGGUGUGUUUUCUCCACGCCCUCCCGCCACAUGACGCUUCAUCGACGGACUCACCUUCGGAUCCACGCAUCACCGAACUUCUCGACGCCUACAGCGRCGUGUUCGAAGACCCGCUUGGAGUAGUACCGGAUCGACCCAUCCGCCACGAGAUCAUCCUCGAGGACGGGGCCGUACCUCCGCGCGGUUGCAUCUACCGAAUGAGCGAGGAAGAGUUAAGUGUGCUUCGGGCACAACUCAACGACCUUCUAGAGACAGGCUGGAUUCGGCCUAGCUCAUCGCCAUACGGUGCUCCUAUUCUCUUCGUCCGGAAGAAGAACAAGGACCUGCGGUUGUGCAUCGAUUAUCGCAAGCUCAACGCGCAGACGAUCAGGAACGUCGGCCCUCUCCCACGCAUUGACGACCUUCUCGAACGAUUGGGCGGUGCCCAGUUCUUCUCUAAGUUGGAUCUCAAGUCAGGGUACCACCAACUUGAGAUUCGCAAGGAGGAUCCCUACAAGACCGCGUUCAAGACUCGGUAUGGGCAUUUCGAAUGGCUGGUCAUGCCAUUUGGCCUUACGAAUGCCCCAGCCACUUUCCAAGCGGCUAUGACGACGGAGUUCCGACACAUGCUGGAUCGUUUCGUACUUAUAUACCUCGACGACAUUCUGGUUUACAGCCGGAGUCUGGACGAGCAUGUGGAACACCUGCGCACCGUUUUGGAGCGGCUACGACAGGCCAAGUACAAAGCAAACCGCGACAAGUGCGAGUUCGCACAGCAGGAGCUGGAGUACUUGGGACACUAUGUGACGCCGCAAGGCAUCCGUCCGCUUGCGGACAAGAUCGAGGCCCUACGAGUAUGGCCGGAGCCCACCAACACCACGGACGUUCGUUCAUUCAUGGGGUUGGCGCGCUACUAUCAGCGAUUCAUCACCGGAUACUCCAGGAUUGCUGCACCUAUGACGAGGUUACAGUCGCCAAAGGACCCACCAGUUCCUUCUGAUAUGCGAGGCAGGUACUUCACGGCACUUUUUGGCACACAUACAAGUGCACUGGAGCUUCUGUUCCUGAAGAGGAGGAUAAUGGGCCCUUCCUGGCUGUCGAUAAGAAACCCGCAGCUUGUUGCCAUGGCAUUGAAGGUAAGCUGGUGCAAGCUGGAAGUUUGUGUAAACACUCCCAAGGAUGUGAUGCAGCCAAGCGAGGAUAAGCCAGCAAGGGAAGCUCCUCCCCUUGUUGUGGCCUCCAUUAACUUGAAGACGCUCAUCAAUCACAAACAGAAUAUCAAUGAAAUUGCUGCAGCAUCCAUGGUCUAUUGCCGGAACACAAAGAUUGAAGGGCCAACGCCAAAAUCAGAGUGGAACACACCAGAAAUGCUGGGACACUUCAGUGCGGUGAGGAAGCUUGAUGGGAUGACAUUUCCUCCAGGUUUCUCCUCAGAGAUUGCACGCAUCAAUUCAGAGCGCAGUGCCUCAGUGCUCACUCAAUGUGUGAGUGAACAUGCUUUGCUUACCUGUUUCCUGGGUAAAUUGCACAAUCUGGAUCCAGAUGUGCUGGUAGGGCACAAUAUAUCGGGAUUCGAUCUUGACAUACUUCUACAUCGCAUGCAGGCAUGCAAAGUGCCAUAUUGGUCGCGCAUUGGCCGGUUGCGACGUUCACAGAUGCCACGCCUGGGAGGUGGUGGUAAGAUGUACGGGAGUGGGGCAGGACCAGGUUUGAUGUCUGCCAUCGCGGGACGACUUUUGUGUGAUACAUAUAUAUCUGCGAAGGAGUUGCUGAGGGAGGUCACAUAUACGCUGAGCCAAUUAGCAGAGAGUCAGCUUCAUGAAGAGAGAGAAGAAAUAUCGCCAACGGAAAUUCCCAAAAUGUAUAAUACAAGCAGUGGUCUGCUAAAGCUGGUCAAACUUGCUGAAACUGAUGCAUGGCUAUCUCUUGGGCUAAUGUUUCACCUCAGCAUCCUCCCUCUCACACGUCAACUCACAUGCUUGAGUGGGAACUUGUGGAGCAAGACCCUUCAGGGUGCAAGAGCACAGAGGAUCGAGUUUCUUUUGCUGCAUGAGUUUCACAACCGGAAAUUCAUUCUUCCUGACAAGCAAACAGCCUGGGAAAAAGAGAAGGAUCGAGAGAAAGCAAAUGCAGCGGCAGGAGGGGAUACAGCUGGUCGAAAGAAAGGCAAGGGGGCAGCGGGCUCGACAGGUACCAACUUGGCCGAACUUCAGGCUGAGGGAGCAUUUGGUGAAGAACCAGAAGAGGAGCCUGAGUUCGCAGGCAGUGGUGGAGGCAAACAGAAGAAAGGUGCAUCCUAUCUGGGCGGGCUGGUAUUAGAGCCAAAGAAGGGCUUUUAUGACAAGUACGUGCUCCUCUUGGACUUCAACAGUCUGUAUCCGUCGAUCAUACAGGAGUAUAAUAUUUGUUUUACAACUGUUGUGCGUCCUGAAGAUGGUUCUAUUCCGCUUCUCCCUGACACAGAGAGACCUGGUGUCUUGCCUCAGGUGAUUGGCAAACUGGUACAACGAAGGAGGCAAGUCAAGGAGAUGAUGAAGACAGAGCGGAACUUAGUCAGAAAGCAGCAGCUGGACAUUCGUCAGCAGGCUCUAAAGCUAACAGCAAACAGCAUGUAUGGGUGCCUAGGAUUCUCAAACUCGCGGUUCUAUGCAAAGCCAAUCGCAGAGCUGAUUACAUCACAGGGCCGAGAGAUUCUUCAAAGCACAGUGGACCUGGUUGAACGGAAUCUCAAGAUGGAGGUCAUUUACGGUGACACUGAUUCAAUUAUGAUUUACACUGGCAUUGAUGAUCUCAAUGAAGUGCGUGCAAUGGGAGGACGGGUGAAGAAGGAGAUCAACAAACUCUACAAGCUGCUGGAGAUCGAGAUGGAUGGUAUAUUCAAACGCAUGCUUCUUCUCAAAAAGAAAAAAUAUGCUGCAGUCAAAAUUGAUAUGAAUGGACCUCCUGGUUAUGGAGAGGUGCGUGGUCUCCCGGGGUUGCAGGUGAAUUGCGGCCGAACGUUGGCCAGGAGCAUCGCGCCUCAUAUCGCGACCACAUCCAGAGGGUUCAACAUUUUUACCAUGGAUAAUGGCGGAGCUUUGGUGCGUUCGUUCCCGGUUGGGAGGAUCUUGAAUCCAGCGUAUAUAUCUGAUGGGAUUCCUCCUCCUGGGCCGGGCAGCAGUGCCACGUCGCCUUCCAGCCUGUUCGAUGACGACUCCUCUUUCCCUGCCUCUCAGCGCGACUUACUGCAGGCGUUGAGAGGCAUGCGAGUUGAGAACAAAGCUCUGAAGAAAGAGAUCCGUCGGCAACAGUCCAUCCAUGAGGCUGCUAUGAAUGCGCUGAGGGCGUUGUUGAUUGUCCGGGAGAACAUUCGGGUUGACCGUGUAAACACUACCGAUGGGCAUGUCCGUGUUCCACUCGACGGGAAUGUCGAUGUGCAGCGCUUAGAUGAGGAGUUCGUUGGGAUUCAGCAUGCAGCGGCUGCCAUUGCUGAGCACGAAAAGGAUAUUCUUCGCUCCGAGAUAUCCUGGUUAGGGAGGAGGAUAAAUGUUCACAGUCAGGUUGAUGCUGCSCAGUGGAGAUGCAGGGCCUUAGUUGCAGAGUAUGAAGUCAAGAGCUUCGUAGCGAAUACUGAUGUCACUGGUGACCUCGUUGCCAUUGCGGCAUCUCUGUUUUAUGUUGUCUCCCCGCAUCUGCUUCAUGAAAUGUCCCGCGAGAGAGAAACGGUUGCUGCCUUGCAUGACCAAAUUCGAUCGUUGUCUAUGCGCAAUGCUGAACUUGAAAUCGGAAUGGCAGAGCUCACUGUUGCGUUGGCUUCGCGCAUUGACAGACUUCGUGUACGAGUGUCGAAGCCAUUGCCCUACUGUCCCCCUGACAUCGCCAUCGAUCAUGUCAGGGUUCACGGACGGCUCAUGAGCAUGUGUAUGAAGGAUAGGCCGAGGGUGGUACGGAGUGCCAGCGAAGUCGAGGUGUUGCUUAGUGCCGAGGCUAAUCGCAUGGAUAUGCUAGGCUUGGAUCCUGAGUCUCCGGCUUCAGUUCCUCCACCUUCUGAGAGCCGUUUUGAGCCUCCCUCGAGCGAUGAGCUCGAGGACGAGAUCAUGGAUCGACUUCAUUUCCGCACUGCACGUUGGAGAGGGUCGSUCCCAACAAUGGAAGGACCUGUUCCUCAGCCUGUUCAUGGUAGCGCUUUCCGUGCGUGGCCGUAUCGGGAUGUGAACUAUGAUGUUCACUUCUACCCGCUACAGAGCAAAAGCCCGUCUGAUUUCCAAAUGCGGCAGGUUUCCGGCCACGAGUAUAGGGAUGCAGAUGGGCUUAGGUGGUCCUUUGAUGAGCUGCUGCAUCUCCUGUACGUCAAGCAGCAGGAGAUUGAUUCCCUGCAGCGGGCGCUUGCUGAUCAGCAGCGAGUCCACGAUGAACAAUUGGUUUUUUUGCUGCAGAAGGCGUUUGACCGUUGUGAUUUGGAGUCGACAAUUCGCCAGUGGCAGUGGGUCGGUGAGACCUUACUUUAUCGCUUGGUGCAGGCUGAGGUGCAAGCAGCACUGAAAUUCGCUGUCACUGAGCCUCAAGCUUUGUGUACAAUUGAGGUGCUCUACGGUCUGCUGACGCCCGCCAGAAGAGAGUUUGAGGAAUUCCUUGCUGCCACUUUCGUGCAGCAAACUCCUGCUGGUACAUAUGACAUAACUGUCCAGCAGGCUUCUGAUAUUCACAGGUUGAGGUUCACGCUUGGUAGGUGGCUGCUUGCUGCUGCGGACGAGGAUGCGAGACGCCCUCUGAACAUCAUCCUGUCUGAAAUGUUGCUCUUGCAGAAGAGGCAUAAACAAUUGCAGAUCGAGUAUGCAAGUUUGCAGCUUCGUCUUGCCUCGCAUACAACGGGCUGCUGUCCGUUUUGUGGCCACACGCUCCCUGAACCUCCCGCACCUUCGUCUUCGUCCACAGUUCAGCUGAGUGUCCCGCCUGAAAUUCGAGAAGGCCACUGGGCCACAGGGGGAGGACAAUAUGCUCAUGAGUUGCGCAAUGUGUCCAUUGCUGAAGGGGAUUUGUACUACCUGCGCAUUCUCCUGCGCCACGAACAUUCUCUUGAAGCAGCUUCCUUCGAAGAGUCGAAGACAGUUGACAACGUUACUUGCCAGACGUUUCGUGAGGUCUGCCAGCAUUUACAGCUUCUGCACGACGACAAAGAGUACGACGCAGACAUGAGAACUGCUGCAGACAACUACAUGCCUUCCCAAAUCCGUCAGGUCUUUGCCAUGCUUCGUGCAUAUGGUCCCCUUGCCGAUCCUAUGUCUCUCUUUUUAAAGUACUGGGAACCUAUGUCAGAGGACUACGUGAGAAGGCUGCCUAAUUUGACACUGUCUCCUGCUGUCUUACAAACACUUGCACUUCUUGACAUAGAUGCUGAGCUCCUCGAUAUGAAAACAGACAUGUCCACUGUCGGUUUGUCCUUCCCGGAUAUGGACGCUUUGCAGUGUGCUAAACAGCUGCGGAGCCGCCUGCUCUUCCAAGGGCUGCCAGAACUGAUCCAAGAAGAGUUGGCCUAUGACAGGGACCAACUCAACCUUGUCUGGGAAACCAAUGUGCCAAUGUUGCGGUCCUCCCAGCGGGUGCUCGAGGGAGAUCCAAAAGUUGAACGCGUGCGUGACCAGAUCGAGGAAGCCAAGGUGGAACGUCAACGAUAUCAAGACAAGGUCAAUGAAAUGCAGGCAAUAAUUGACUCUGGGGACAUUGAUGACGAUGGUGAUUACCGAAGUGAAGGAGAAUUCCUCUGGGAGGGCGACACCGACACAUCUUCUUCAACUCCAUCAGAGGAGAUCUUCACAGAUUACGCUGUUAGUGAUAUUGAGGCGGAGCUGGACUUGGACCCCGGCUAUUCGGAUAAGGACGAAAGCGACACCAGCGACACCAGCGACACCAGCGACACCAGCGACUCCAACCACUCCGGCGAUGACAACGCUUAGACGUCCAGGAACUGGUCAUGGCCCGGGGAGUGUGUUCCUCGCCUGGUUAUGAAUGCAGAUGUUCAACUGAUAUUUUCGUCGUCUUUGAUUCCAACAAUUGUGUCAAUUCCCUGCUAUGCUUCUCUGGCGGAUUCACCGGUCUCCUUCCUCAAACAAACCUGGGCUCCGGCU